ACUUUUAAUUCAUUUGGCUAAGUAACAAGCCAACAAUCACAUGGCAAAGUCAAAGGCCAUAGAUAAGAUGGGAGAUUUUCUUAACUCAGAAAGUUGAUCAAAAUUAAAGCCAACCAAAACUAUUUCAAACAAACCAACCAAACCAAAUCAUAUAUUGUUUGGUUUGGACUUAGGAAUUGCAGAGAGGAACAUUGAUAGAUAGUUGUGAAUCUUGUGAUAUGGCAAUGGGGGAUGACACAUGGAAGGCUCAUUUUGGCAUGGCAGUUGUGCAACUAUUAUAUGGUGGUUACCAUGUUAUUACAAAAGUGGCCCUUAAUGUUGGAGUCAACCAACUUGUUUUCUGCUUCUAUAGGGAUCUUCUUGCUCUCUUCAUUAUUUCUCCCAUAGCUUUCUUCAAAGAAAGACAGACAAGGCCUCCCAUUACUAAGCAACUAUUGAUGUCAUUCUUCUUUCUUGGAUUAACCGGGAUAUUUGGAAACCAGCUAUUGUUUCUUAUUGGUUUAAGUUAUACUAAUCCAACUUAUGCUGCUGCAUUACAGCCAGCUAUUCCUGUCUUUACCUUUCUCUUUGCCGUAAUCAUGGGUGUAGAAAGAGUAAAUUUGAAGAGUUUUGAGGGUCUGGCAAAGGUUGGAGGAACUCUUAUAUGUGUUUUGGGCGCAGUGUUGAUGGUUUUGUAUCGCGGCCCAUCAUUGAUAGGAUAUACAGAAUUGGUCAUUAUACCACAAAAUGAAAUAAGUGACAGUAGUCAGCCAGAGCCUUCUGGAUGGUUAAUCAGUGGUUUAAAGGAUCUUGGAUUUGAUAAUUUUGAACUUGGAGUUGUGUUCUUGAUAGGGAACUGUAUGUGCAUGGCUGCUUUCUUAACCAUUCUGGCACCAGUAUUGAAAAAGUAUCCUGCAAAUCUAUCUGUCACGGCUUAUUCAUUCUUCUUUGGAGUUGUACUAAUGGCGGUUGUCUCGUUAUUCAUGACUGAUUUAUCAAGUGAUUGGAUUUUGACACAAUCAGAAAUACUUGCUGUUGUUUAUGCUGGAACUAUUGCAUCUGCCUUUAACUAUGGAGUCAUUAGUUGGUGCAACAAGAUAUUAGGGCCAGCUUUAGUUUCCCUUUACAAUCCACUGCAACCUGGUUUUUCUGCCUUAUUGUCUCAGAUAUUCCUUGGAAGUCCAAUUUACUUGGGAAGUAUCAUAGGCGGAUCUUUGAUCAUUGCUGGUCUUUAUACUGUUACCUGGGCUUCCUAUAAAGAAAAACAGGCAACUGUUGGAAUUAUAACUUCUAAUGAUACUUGGGUCUCUGAACCAUUUAUUCGUGAAAAAGGUGUACACGAAAAAGAUCAUAUAUAAUCAUAGAAUGUCAAUAAAAGGACGGUCCAGAUGUCCAGUACACGAGGCUUCCAACAAAUGGAGUCUAGGCCGAGAAGAGUAAAUAUACGAAGCCUAACCUUUGCAAGCGUAGUAGUUGUUUUGUCUUGGUAACAUGUAAGUAUGUUUCGUGAAGUAUAUGUUAAUAUUAUUUUGAACUUAUAAGGACAUUUCAAUUCCUUUUAUUCCUGGAGUGGUGUUA